AUGUUAACACAUAUUCAUGAUGCUUUUUCAAAUAUUUCCAUGCAUUUUUCAAAAUUAAUGUUUUUACUAUUUAUUUGGUGUGCUAAUUUAAGUGCAGUCUGACCAUCAAUAUUCGGGCCUAUAAGCCUAAGUAUUUUUUUUAUAAUUUCUGAGUCUAUUGAUUCUUUUGACAACUUUUCCUUAAUUAUUUGCAAAGCUUUUAAAACUAUUUCAUCAACAAUAACAAAAACUUUUGUUUCAUUUUUUAAAAGAGUAGUCAAUUCAAUUAUAAAUUGUAUUAACGUAUAUGCUAUUUUUAUUUUAAUUUAUCAUAAUUUUGAUAAAUAA